AUGGAGUACCAGAACGAGGGCCUUGACGCUGCCCCUGUGGAGUAUGAGGACAACCGGCCCCUCCUGGACAUGUUCCUCCAGAAACCCCUGGGACUGCUGGCGCUUUUGGAUGAGGAAAGUCGGUUUCCCCAGGCCACGGAUCAGACCCUGGUCGAUAAAUUUGAAGAUAAUCUACGCUGCACAUACUUCUGGAGGCCCAAGGGAGUGGAGCUGAGCUUUGGCAUUCAGCACUAUGCCGGAAAGGUAUCAUACGAUGCUUCCGGGUUUCUUGAGAAAAACAGAGACACCCUCCCUGCCGAUGUGAUUAUAGUCCUAAGAACGUCAGAAAACAGGCUUCUUCAGCGACUCUUCUCAAUUCCUUUAACCAAAACAGGUAACUUGGCCCAGACAAGAGCCAGGAUAACAGCAACUUCAAGAUCUUUGCCUCCACAUUUCAGUGCUGGGAAAGCCAAGGUGGAUACUCUGGAGGUAAUACGGCAUCCGGAAGAAACCACCAACAUGAAGAGACAGACCGUGGCUUCUUACUUCCGGUACUCUCUGAUGGACCUGCUCUCCAAGAUGGUGGUGGGACAGCCCCACUUCGUGCGCUGCAUCAAGCCCAACGAUGACCGAAAGGCCCUGAAGUUCUCUCAAGAGAGAGUGCUGGUCCAGCUCCGCUCCACGGGGAUCCUGGAGACAGUCCGCAUCCGCCAGCAGGGCUAUUCCCACCGCAUCCCCUUCGAAGAGUUUGUGAAAAGGUAUUAUUACUUGGCAUUCAGAGCACAUCAAACGCCUCUUGCUAGCAAAGAGAGUUGUGUUGCUAUCUUGGAAAAGUCCAGAUUAGAUCACUGGGUGCUGGGAAAAACAAAGGUUUUCCUCAAAUAUUACCACGUUGAGCAGCUAAAUUUGCUGCUGCGAGAAGUCAUAGGCAGAGUGGUUGUGCUGCAGGCAUAUGCCAAGGGGUGGCUUGGAGCCAGGAGAUACAGAAAAGCCAGAGAGAAGAGAGAGAAGGGAGCCACCGCCAUCCAGUCAGCCUGGAGAGGAUAUGAUGCUCGGAGGAAAUUUAAGAAAAUAAGCAACAGAAGGAGUGAGUCUGCUAUUCAUAUUGAAGCAGGGCACCCUUCAGGCCAAAGCAGUGAUCCUCACCUUGUUGUCACAGGCGGCAUCAGGGGAAGCACCCAGGUUCAAGAUUGUAGUACGCCUGGAGACCAUGGAGGUCUCAGGGGUUUUGUAGACCGUAAAAGCAGUCCACAAGCUGAAUCUACCAAUGGUCAUGCAGAGACAUCAAGCAACUCUCAUCCAGCCACUGAGAAAAACCGGCAUUCACAAGCCCAGAGUUCUCCAAAAGAAUAUGAUGUCUUCACAGGAUAUCCAAAUAAGCACUCGGCGUCUGGGACUGAUCUGCUGUCUUCUCGGACAUGCCAUGCUGCUCCGGGUCGCCCAGGACCGAGUCCCGCGAGGGGAGACCCUGCAAAUGCUGGUUCAGAAAACGGUCUUGCACAGAAGCAGCGAACACCUCGCCGAAGAUGUCAGCAACCCAAAAUGCUGAGUAGCCCUGAGGACACCAUGUACUAUAACCAGUUAAAUGGGACUCUAGAAUAUCAAGGGAGCAAGAGGAAGCCAAGAAAACUUGGCCAAGUCAAAGUGCUCGAUGGUGAAGAUGAAUAUUACAAAUCUCUGUCACCCGUGGGCUCGACCCCUGAGGAAGGCAACGCAGCCCACCCUUUCUUUUUUUCCUCAUCCUCAAAAGGAGCAUCUGCUGCUCAGCACUGA